UGUGCAUGCGUGCAUGUGUGUGUGUGUGUACACUUGCAUGCAGGGUGGGGGUCAGGCCUCCAUUUUUACCAGGACGUCUGCAGCAGCUGUCCACUGGCAUGCCAGAGGGAGCGUCACAGUGGCGAUACAGGGGUUCAGAAGUGAACGGAGGGUUUGAUCCAGGAAGGUUUUGACUCUCAACGUCUCCGGCCCGGCCAGGACCUGCAGCCCCACCAUGGCGGAUCAGUACCAGUACGCCAACGAGGAGAAGAUCGUGAAGGAUAGCCACACCAAGGAGAUUGAUCUAAUCAACAGAGACCCCAAGCAGAUCAAUGAGGACGUGGUGAAGGUGGAGUUUGAGGAUGUCAUUGCGGAGCCUGAUGGCACACACAGCCUGGAUGGGGUGUGGAAGCUCAGCUACACCACCUUCACCGUGUCCAAGUACUGGUGCUACCGCAUCCUGUCGGCAGUCUUCGGCAUCCCCGUCGCUCUGCUCUGGGGCUUCCUGUUUGCGUGCAUCUCCUUCUGCCACAUCUGGGCUGUGGUUCCCUGCAUCAAGAGCUGUCUGAUUGAGUCGCAGUGCAUCAGCCGCAUCUACUCCCUCUGCAUCCAGACCUUCUGCGAUCCCUUCUUCGAAGCCCUGGGCAAGAUCUUCAGCAGUGUGCGUGUCGCACUGCGCAAAGAAGUCUAAGUACUCACACAGUAGGGUUUUAUAGUAUGAUCGGAUGAAGUACGGUAUCUUUUUAUACACCAAAAGAUCAGCCUUGGCAUAUUGGCUUACUCCCUCCUCCUCCUCCUCCUCCUCCUCCUUUCAUCAAGUGCUGCACCCAACCCUGCCACUCACAACGCUCUCCGCUCUCAGUCCUGACAUGACUGGUGUGCCUUUUGCCACCAGAAGCACUUUGACAGCUGCAGCAGGCGGCCUGGUUCCCUGACAGCUCUGGCACUCCUGGAGGGCUCAGUGCUCCUCACUGAGGGGGAGAGAGGAGGGCCGCCUGCCAUGAGGAGGAUCGUCUGCUCUCAUUUAUUUGGAUCCCAACAACAGCUACUCAUUCACAAAUAAUGAAUGAACUCCCCUGCACCUGUGGACAGUGCUGCCUGUAUGCAUCACAUUUGGCCUUUAUCUUAAAAUUUGAUGCUGUAUGUUGCUGUGUGUGCUGUUGUUUAACUUCGUUCUGAUUGAGUUGAAUUGAAUUGAUGUAACCUUAGUGGAAAAGCUCUAAUAGAAAGAAAAGAAUUUGUAAAACAUUUUCUUUGCGUAACUAUUCUGUGCGACUUCUUGAAAUUUUCAAAACAUGUAUACUGAUACAACUGCCUCUUUAUUUGUGUUGACUCCACUGAAGAUUAGGAGACUUUCAGAUGUAAGAUGAUCUACUUCCUUUUAUCGCAGUGCAGUGAGUGAAAUAUGAAUUAACACCAACUUACUUCAAUCAAGUAUGUGUAAACAAGUGUGAACCUAAACACUAAUGCAGUAUGAGACCCAUUUUAAUGUCCCACAGUGGUAUUUUAAUUAUGUGGAUAGUGUCAUAUGUUUGCUGAUGUUAUGUACCUGCGAUUACACAACUGUUGUCACAACAGUGAGCCUACUGCGCCACCGGUUCAGUGUUUGAAUGAAAGUGAGUUCUUUGUAUCAUUUCAAAUCAUUCUGAGAGGCUCUAGAAAUACAUUUGUAAGAUUCUCCAAA